GAACACAAGGGAAUGCAGUGAGCAUUGCAGAGUGAGAGAGAGAAACAGUAGUACAAUGAAUCAUCGACCCAUUCAUCAAGAGCAAAUGAUGCUUAUGUCUCAAUUAUACCCUGCCGCUACAUACAAUCAAAUCAUUUCUCAGCAGCAAGGGGAGAAGAAGCAGCCGCGACGACGCCGUAACAAGAAGAACAGAGGAGGAGAAAAUGGAAGCGCUGAAGCCAACAAAAAGAGGAAACUCAGCGAGGAACAAGUGAAUCUACUGGAGCAAAAUUUUGGUCACGAGCACAAGCUCGAGUCAGAGAGGAAGGACAAGCUGGCAGCGGAGCUCUGUUUGGAUCCAAGACAAGUAGCGGUUUGGUUCCAAAACAGAAGAGCAAGGUGGAAGAACAAGAAAUUGGAGGAAGAGUACUCCAAUCUCAAGAAAUCACACGAUGCCACCACCUUGGAGAAAUGUCACCUGGAGAGUGAGGUGUUCAAGCUGAAACAACAACUAUCUGAGGCGGAGAGUGAGAUUCAACGACUGCGGAUGGAGGGGGCUGAUAAAGUUCUUUCGAGCAACAGCUGCAGUUCCUCACAGUCACAUUCAAUGGAAGCGGUGGAGCCGCCAUUUCUGGGAGAGUUUGUGGUUGAUGGCUAUGAUGAUGAUGUGUUCUAUGUGUCACCAGAGGCACAAUUAAUCAAUGCUUAUAAUGAAUGGAUUAAUCAUUUCAUGUAGUUAUACCAUUAGAACUAAUUAAUUUAGCAUUUGUAGAUAAUUAUGUGAAUAUAUGACGAUGCAAUGUAGAUUAAUUUUUCUUUUUGAAAAGGCAAUGUAUAUUAAUUGCUUCUACCUAAUGGGUGUGUUUGAUUAUGUUUGGACUUUGGAUAUAGUAGUAUAGUAUCAAUUAACAUAAUAUAUAAUUUGUAUUUUGACCCUCAAA